GUGUUGGCGGUGUGAACAAAACACCUGAUUCUUGGGUCAGUUUAGAUCUCAGACUUCUACAUCAAAGAAAAAGAAGUAGGCUAUACUUAAUUUGUCGUAUUCAGAAUCAGAAACAAAAUGAAGUUCCUAAUCCUGCUGCUGGCAUUUUCCGUAGCUUAUGGCCAGCUUCCAUUUACGUGUAUCCAUGACAACCACGACAAACGUACGACGGAACACGUGAUCCACAUGGUGCUCACGGACAUGGACCACGACGAUGACGGCAAGAUCACCGCCAUCGAAGUGAUGGGCACCUUCAUCGUCGACUUCGACAGAAACCCGUUGGAUCAAAGAAUCGACCAUGACGAAUUCGUGAAGCGCUGGGAGGCUCAUUACCGAGAUAUCCGCCAUUUCGCCACGUACCUGUUCCUACACCUCGACACCAACAACGACCACUACAUCACUACUGCAGAUGUCAGCAACAUUCUCCUCGAUAUGGACUAUGAUCGUGACGGCACGGUGACUGCCAUGGAAUUCAAGGAAUGGCUGCGUGACCUCUACACCAACUGCCGAAUUCACAACUAACCAACUGAAAUUAAUAAAACUUAAUAAAUAACA